GUCAACUUUACGCAAACGGUACACAGCAGCAGCGACACCAGUUCCGAGAUAUGGUAAAACGACAUUACCGCACCACAUAGAUCAGAAUAUAGAUAUAUUCUUAAAAUAUGGACCAGAUCAAAUAUAUCGUACUCGGAGACUAGCGUUUGGGGAUAUUCAGAAGCUAAAAUUAUAUGAACUCCAACGAAUUACUGAAACUGAAUCCCAAGCGCAACCAGAAACAGUCGAUGCGUGA